UCGUAGUCCGCCCCGGGGCGGGGCCACAGCGCAGAGCGCGCGCUGCUUAAAAGCUCGGAGCCGGCGGCCGCACGUUCCGGGUGAGCGCGGCGGAACCGGGCGGAGGAACCGGGCCGCGUCCGCUUCUCUUCUCUCCCCUUAGCGAGGCAGCGGCGCGUGGGGCCUGCGGCCGUUGGGAGCCGUUGUUCCUCUCUCUGCUUUGUCCCCUCCCGGGCAGCGGCGGCGCAGGCCGAGCCGCGCUAUGGGGAUCCAGGGGUUGCUGCAGUUCAUCAAGGAGGCCGCGGAGCCCGCCCACGUGAAGAAGUACCGCGGGCAGGCGGUGGCUGUGGACGCGUAUUGCUGGCUGCACAAAGGAGCCUAUGGCUGCGCCGAGAAGUUGGCCAGGGGAGAGCCCACGGACCAUUAUGUAACUUUCUGCAUGAAACUUGUUGAAAUGCUUCUCUCGUUUGGAAUUAAACCAAUUUUGGUAUUUGAUGGAUGCACCCUACCUUCCAAAAAGGAAGUGGAGAAGGCCCGAAGAGAGAAGCGUCAAGCCAAUCUUUUGAAAGGAAAGCAGUUGUUUCGGGAAGGGAAGUUUUCAGAAGCAAGGGACUGUUUUGCUCGCAGUGUGAAUGUUACACAUGCUAUGGCUCAUGAAGUUAUUAAAGCUGCACGAGCCCGAGGAGUUGAUUGUAUUGUUGCUCCCUAUGAAGCUGAUGCUCAGUUGGCUUAUCUUAAUAAGGCUGGUGUGGUUCAGGCCAUAAUAACAGAAGAUUCUGAUCUCUUAGCUUUUGGAUGUAAAAAGGUGUUUUUGAAAAUUGACAAAUUUGGAAAUGGGUUGGAGAUUGAUCAGGCUCGGCUAGGAAACUGCAAGCAGCUUGGGAAUGUAUUCACUGAAGAGAAGUUCCGUUAUAUGUGCAUUCUGUCUGGUUGUGACUACCUCUCAUCAAUUCAUGGAAUCGGGUUAGCUAAAGCAUGCAAGUUACUCAAAUUAGCUAACAAUCCAGAUAUUAUAAAGGUUAUUAAGAAAAUAGGACACUACUUGAAGAUGAAUAUAACUGUAUCGGAAGAAUACAUACAGGGUUUCACGCGAGCCAAUAAUACAUUCCUUUAUCAGUUGGUUUUCGAUCCCAUCAAGAGAAAAUUAGUUCCUCUGAAUGAUUAUGCUGCUGAUAUUGAUCCAGAAACACUAAUUUAUGCAGGACGACACUUUGGAGAUAGCACUGGUUUUCAGGUUGCCCUUGGGAACAUUGAUAUUGAUACGAUGGAACAAAUUGAUAACUACAACCCUGAUACUGCGCAGCCCACACAGCAAAGAAGCCGUGGCUGGAAUGACAAAUGUGCUAAUCAUGUAAAUAGCAUUUGGAGCAAAGACUACAAGCUUGGCCCUAGUAUGGAUGAUGCUCCUCAUACAACUCAUGUACCAGAGAAAUCAACAACAAAAGGCAUUGAGAAGAUAAUCAGUAUCAAAGGGCUAAAACUUCCAGGCAAAGAGCUCUUCACAAAAAGGCAAAGGAGUGAUUUAGAAGAACUCUCAGAUGGAGACCUGUUGAAUCAAUAUUCAUUUUCAAAAGCAAAAAAAUUCAAGGAGAGUGGUGAAGAUGGUCAAUCACAGAAGAGCAUUUCUGCAAUACAAAGCAUUGAUUCUUCAGAGAAUUCUGUCAUUAAAGAAAGCUCUAACUCUCUGCCCAGAGUUAGAAAUAAAUUUGCUUCCUUUCUGCAAAGGAAAAACAAACAGACAGAUGCUGUGAUUGUUCCAGGAACAAGAAGCAGGUUUUUCUGCAAUGAUGCAGAUACACUUGGUUUUAAAGCAAAGGAUGACAGUGAUAUAAUUCAAGAUGUUGAGGAGGAUUGCAAGCAACAGGAGGUAGAGCAUGUAACUGAAGAUGAAUCUCCUAUUUUAGAAACUGAAAAAUCAAAGACUAUCUCAUCUCUUCCUGGAGAAAGACCAAAAAGUUGCUUUCAGUGGCUCAGCAUCCUUGGAAAUCAUUCAGGAAAUCCUGGUCCAUCUCAUACCGUAUUGUCACAGCAGUUUCAUCAACAGAGAAGCAACUGCAUGGCAUCCCAGGCUGAUGACAGUAAUGGUGUACAAACAGAGAGCGGAGCCAUGUGUAGUGAGUCAGAUGAAGAGUCCUCUCCCUUAAUAGAACCGCAGUGUUUUUCCCAGUCUCAGAAGUCUGUUGAGCCAUCAGAAUGCAAUUUGGGGUCUUCAAAAAUACUAAAGGAAUCUGAUUCCAAUUCAAAACUGCUUGAUAACCAAUGUACUCAGAGGUCUCCAGUAUUUUCUGCUGUUCAAACUGACAGAAAAAAUACGGUAGCAAAGAUCAAGGUUCCUGGUUUACGCAAAUCCAGUUCUGCGGGGUCACAUAUUGUGACAAAACUGAAGCCACUGAUACCAGCUAAAGUAAGUGGAUUAAGUAAGAAACUGUCUCCUGUGCAGAAGAGAAAUCACUGUGAUGCUGAAAAUAAGUUGGGACUACAAACCACCAUUGGUGAACUCUGGAGAAACUUCCAGUUUAAGAGAGACUAUGAAAAGCUCCCUUCUUGUAAAAAGUCAGACCCACUGUCUCCAAUCAAAGAUAACAUUCAGCUCACUCCAGAAACAGAAGAGGAAGUCUUUAAUCACCUUGAACAUUCCCAUGUUCAGAGAGCUAUAUUCCAAUGAACUGCAUGCUGUGCAAUAGAACACAUUUUUAUCACUGUCAAAGUUUUUUUUCAGACUUCAUUAAUAUAGAAAAGAUACUUUGGAAGUUAACUGUAUGUUUUAGUCUGAUUACUGAUUUCUCAUCUUUUUUAUAAAAAGCAAGUUGAAAGGUACAGUUUUAUACUGACUGAAAUAAAACCUUCAGAUCUCCAUUCUCUUGUUGAAAAUUUAAUGCUGUUUUGUCCAAACCACUUUCAGCUGAUCCUGAAUACUUUUUGCAGGUCACAUAGACAUGAUAGAACUCUGUACAACAGCUAUGGCUUUACUUUUGCAGAAGACAACAGAACAUGUUUCUGUCUGAAUUUUGUAAGAUCAUUGUUCAGUCAUCACUAUACUCUGAUAAUGAUGAUUCUUUCACUAUAUGGUAAGAUCUUUUCUCUCGAUGGUUAGCUUUCUGUACUUAACAUAUAAUGCAGCCACGUUAUUGGUGGGAAUAAUGUGGGAACUGCUGGAAGGAAUAUUACAAGUACAGGGAUGAAUGUUUAUGCUCAUAGCCAUAGAACUAUUGGCUAGCAUAAAUUACAGUGUUACUGCAACUGAUGAUGCAACUAUCAUGAACUAAUUUGUUGUUUUCAUCACUUACCAGUGUGAGAAAAGUAAGGCUGCUUUGUACAGAUGCCCACUGUCUGUGCUUUUUGCUGAGAACCCGGAGUUCCUGCGUUAGUGGAACAUCAGAAGAGACAAACUACCACUGACAAGGGCAGGUACUUCCAAUAGGAGUAUAGGACCUCUGACAAUAAAGCAACAUGUAUGGACAGAACUGGGGUUUUAAUUCCGUUAUCUGCAAGCAUAUCCUUACCUAAUUUUGUGGUUUAGCUAUUGAAGAUACCAUGACUUGUUCUUCUCUAGCUUCUUCAAACAUAGAAUCAGAGGAAAUAAAGGAGGCAUUACACGUAUGUGUGUUGGCAUGACUGUCACAAGUAUGUACCUUGUUUUGUUUUUUUUCUUGUGUACCCUUCUCUAGGGAAUAUGAAAAUUUAAUAAUACCUUAGGAGACACAGGAUGUGUAACAACUGGAUAGUGUGUUAUUUCAGUGGUAGGUAUGGUAGAAAUCCUUUAUGCAAGAGUACUUUUUGUUUUAUGUUCUUUAAGUAGACUUUUUAAGAUUGUGUUUAACUUCUGUUUGGGCUUCAGAAAUCUUGGGUUUUGACACGGUAUAGGGGAAUCUUCAGAAAGGAGCACUAUAAUAGCAUAGAGAUUUCUACUUCACGUGUAAACAUAUGAUACUAUAACAUGUAAAGGUUAUAGUUAAGCAUGGAAUUCUUGGGCUGAGUGCUUUUUUCUUUUAUGAAAGAUGCACAACAACAUAAAUAUGUAAACUAAUAUCUGCAAAACUUCCCAAGUUCAGGCUGACUAAGGGAAUAUUACAUAGCAAUAAAUAAAUUCAAUUUCAGAAUGGCAGAAAUUGUUCAGGUGACAAUAGGACAGGAGAAGGGGAAAAAAAGUGUCCUAAUGGAAAGUUUGGUUUAAAAAGUAGGUGUUAAGAAGCUGGAGGAUAUGAGCAUUUAAAAAAA